CUCCAAUGCCAUCUGCAUGCUCUGCGCCGUCGUCGUCCGAUUAUCUCGGCACAUGACAUUGGUCAAAGCCAGCCACGACUCGACCUUGACCUUUGUCCGACGGCGCUACGCUGCGCGGACUGGGGCAAACGGUGGGUCGAACGCAUGCCUCCUCUUCCUUGCAGCAAACAAGGCCAACCCGGCUCUUUAAGCUGUAUGCGGAAAAGAUACGAUCCCAUGUGCCUCGCGUCCGCCGGCUGCUGCUUCCACCCCGCCUUCGAUUGCUUGGCUUUAACUAUGGUGGCUGCAGUCGACAAUCUGGGAGAUCACACAAACACAGCCUAGCAUUCUUUACACCAGAUGUGUAGGACAUCACCAAGCAGCAGGUGUCUUGUUUGCACCAUUCAGCCUCAAUUGACCCAAGUUCCAUCCUCGUGACAGUCGGAGCGGAGCACGGGUAUCUCUCGGUGCCCCUCACCCCCCCUCACUUGGUCCAGAAUGGCCCCGAUCCGGAUAUCCGCCCUUGGGGAGCCUGACAUCCCAGGCGUGGUGGCCGCUGUACAAAGGGCGUUCGCUAAUGAUCCAUAUAACAACUGGGUUUUCGACAAGUCCAAUUUCAACGCCCAAAGAAAUGCCGUCUCUCUUGCCAUCCGCUGCCGCUGGGGUAUGCGGAAUGGCAUCUUCCAGGUGGCCAAAGAGGAGGGCAGCGACAAGGUGUUGGGAGCUUCCAUGUGGCUCCCACCCAGGGCGGCCAACCAGAAACAGACCUGGGGCGAGUGGCUCGAGGACUGGCGUAUGUAUUUCAGCCAAGUCGCUAUGAACCUGUGGUACGGCCGAGGUGGCCUGAACGUCAAGCGGUACUAUAUCUGGAAGGACUCACAGGCCAAGGUCCAGUCGGAUGUCUGGACAGAUCCGAGGGGUUACUACUUCCUCAACAUCAUGGUGGUCAUCCCGGAGGCUCAGGGCAAGGGGAUCGGCAAGAAGCUCAUGACCGCCGUGACAGACAAGGCGGACCGAGAGCAGAUGAAAUGCUAUCUCGAGUCCAGCAGAGACAAGCCCAACAUGGACAUUUAUGGGCGCAUGGGGUUUCGGUUUGCCAAGCAGUUGGAUUGCGACGACAACGGCAUCAUCUGCAAGCUGUUCACCAUGGUCCGGGACCCUCUGCCGCCAGUAGGAACAGGGGCGGAGGAUGAGCAGACCCAGGCCGAGUAGCCGCAACCUGGGUUGGUUCUUGUGUUGCCGGGCAGAGAGUAGGUAUGAAGCUAGAGGAGCCAGUUUGGUUUCCCCUCACAAAUUCAGCAAAGAGAGCCGGCCCCGUUAGGCCGAAAGAAGCUUCCCUUGGCGCGGCCGGCACUGUUCCGUGAACCGUGCUUGACCCUGUCGACGAACGAG